UUUUCUAGCAUGGACGCGUAUAAAGCACCUCCCAGGGCAACCAACGCCUUUACGCCAUCCGCCGUAUUCCUUCCUUCUUCUCGCCGCAGUCCACCUCGCUUCAUCCGCCGAGCAGAGCCCUCCAGACGCCAUCCACGCCCCGUGAACAGAUUUCUGUUACAGGAAACUUGACAAAUGGCUGAUGAGGAUGUUCAACCUAUCGUGUGCGACAACGGCACUGGAAUGGUCAAGGCUGGUUUUGCCGGUGAUGAUGCACCCAGGGCGGUCUUUCCUAGCAUUGUAGGAAGGCCACGCCAUACCGGUGUCAUGGUUGGUAUGGGCCAAAAGGAUGCCUAUGUGGGCGAUGAAGCUCAAGCAAAGAGAGGUAUCCUGACUUUGAAAUACCCCAUUGAACAUGGCAUUGUCAACAACUGGGAUGACAUGGAGAAAAUAUGGCAUCACACAUUCUACAACGAGCUCCGUGUCGCACCAGAGGAUCAUCCUGUGUUGCUGACUGAGGCCCCUCUCAACCCCAAGGCCAACAGAGAGAAAAUGACCCAGAUCAUGUUCGAAACCUUCAGUUGCCCAGCAAUGUAUGUCGCAAUCCAGGCCGUUCUGUCCUUGUAUGCCAGCGGUCGAACAACUGGUAUUGUGCUUGACUCUGGUGAUGGUGUGAGCCACACUGUUCCAAUCUACGAGGGAUACACGCUUCCUCAUGCUAUCCUUCGUUUGGACCUUGCUGGCCGGGACCUCACGGAUAAUCUAAUGAAGAUCCUGACAGAAAGAGGGUACUCCCUCACAACAACCGCUGAGCGGGAAAUUGUCAGAGACAUAAAGGAGAAGCUCGCUUACGUGGCCCUUGAUUAUGAGCAGGAGCUGGAAACGGCUAGGAGCAGCUCCUCUGUGGAGAAGAGCUAUGAGAUGCCUGAUGGUCAGGUUAUUACAAUUGGUUCAGAAAGGUUCAGGUGCCCCGAGGUGCUGUUCCAGCCAUCUCAUGUUGGUAUGGAAGUUCCUGGUAUACACGAAGCGACAUACAAUUCCAUUAUGAAGUGUGACGUCGAUAUCAGAAAGGAUCUGUAUGGUAAUGUUGUUCUCAGUGGAGGUUCUACCAUGUUUCCUGGAAUUGCUGAUCGCAUGAGCAAGGAGAUCACGGCCCUUGCUCCUAGCAGUAUGAAGGUUAAAGUUAUUGCACCACCUGAAAGGAAAUACAGUGUCUGGAUCGGUGGCUCUAUUUUGGCCUCUCUUAGCACUUUCCAGCAGAUGUGGAUCUCCAAGGCAGAGUACGAUGAGUCUGGUCCGGGCAUUGUCCACAUGAAGUGCUUCUAAAGAGUCGGUGAAGGUUGUUUACAAAGGGGACUUGCUGCCAAGAAUAUAUAGUACAUGGAGUACAUGGUUAGUGUUUUGUAGAAGAUGUGUAUCCUCAAAGGCACAAUAGCAUGGCCUUGCAUGGCGUUUUCCUGCUGUAUGAAAUAAUGAAUGGAACAUAUGUGUAUUCCAAA